AUGAUGGAUGUUGAAUCGGAAAGUACAGCCACAUCUCUGGAUGAAAACACCGAGAAUUUCUGCGAAAACCCCACUCGAGACACUAUAGCCGAGGGGCUGAUGGGCCUGAUCAAGCCCACAGUAGAUCAGUUGGACGAGCGCGUGCGAGCCACCAGAGUUUCACAGUUGGAGCUGAAACAGUGCAUAGACGGUCUUGCUGAGGAACUAAAGAAGGUGUCCGAGGCCCAGCAGCAUACUGUCGAUUUGGAAAUCUAUCUAAAGAAGCUCAUUAAUGCCAAACAGCGGGUUUCGGUAUUGUCCAACAUUCUACAGAGUGCUCAAGACAGACUGAACAAGAUUCACAUGUCGAUUGACAAAGAGACGGUGAAGCGGACAGUCUUGCUAAGCAAUCCAGUGUAGAAUCCUUUAAAACCGCAGAUUUCCUGACUAGGGCGACUAAACUCAGCUUUAAAGCUCUUCACCAUUGUCAACAGAUUUUUGAGAAAUUCAUAUGGUUGUCUGCAAAUAAAAAAACUAGUUAGACAUUUAGAACUGGUUUUUUUGCUGAUAUCUGAUGAAUCUAUGAAACGCACCAAUUGCUGGAAAAACAGAGUUUUAAAGCAACAAAAAUGCUCUUAAACGUGGUUGUGAGAUUAAAAUCAUUCGACUGAAGACCAAGAAAAAUUAAGAAAUUAAAGCAUUCAUGCAUUGCAAAUGUUUAUGGUUCUUUUAUUCUUUGCCUUAUUAAACUCAAGUGCCGUGGGUUUUUAGCAUUGAUUGCUUCUCUAGGUGAGUUGCAAGGAUUCUUAUCUAACCCUCAUGGUCCAAACUUGCAGGCAGUUCGACUAUUGGCGCUAGAGAAUAUUCAAUGAAAACUAUGAAGCCUCUAGAGGAGCACUUGCAUCUUGGAACAUUUGUUUUCGCUAAAUGUUAUUAUCAGUAACAGACUGAAGGAUUUGUAGAAGAAGAAUUCAAGAACCUUUAAAAGUUGCCACAAGUUUCAUCAAAUCCUCAUUUCUGCGCGCUUUGUAAACGUUUGUCUGUAAGUGAACAGUUUCGCGAUUCCAGUUUCCAAUCUAGAACCAGCAGGAGGUUCAAAGGUUCGCAUUCUUUAGAAGACACUUGAAUCUAAAAACUCUGAAAAAUGAUCACUCACGAAACAAAAGGAAUAAUUUUCUGGGGAAAUUUGCGUUAAAAUUAUGGAAUUCUGAUAUUGUAGAAAAUGUGAAUUCGGACUGUGUGGUUUAUUUUCCUGAACGGCACGGUUGUUGUGCUUAGAUGAAGAUGGAAGCAAGUACCUAAUGAAUGUUUCUUCGAAGUUUUUGUAGUUAUCACGUAAGUGUGAACAUCGAGGAACAAAUGAAACAUCAUCUUUCCAUCUAUCUUCUAACUUUCCAACCAUCCAACAAACCACCAGAUAUCGACAAGGGAAAGAAAAUUGCCUAAAAAUAGAAAAAUAAUUAGAAUAAAAUAUUAUAAAUCGAUUGACAAUAUUGGUCUAUCUGUAAAUGCGAUUAUUUAUCCAUAAUCAUCGAUAUAUUAUUAUUUAUCCAAUCGCACCCGUUAACACACAUUUUUAUAAAUCCAUUAAAAACUCGUUAAGUGCACAGGGAAGCAAAAAUGUUUCGAAAUAAAACCUUCAAUUUGUAAGGAAAUAUUUGCUUGAAGAUGGGUAUUUGCGAAUUUUGAUCAAAACGCUUGGGUUGUUCUUGACUCCCGGUCAGAGUUGAGAGUCGUUUUGCAGUAUUUAUAAACGUGGCGCAAAAAUCAGGAUUUUGUGCAAUUUGAUGAUUUUUUCUCGACGAGUCUGCACUUGUCUAAAAAUAUUCAUUUCCAGACUGAAGGAACUGUUGAGGGUGUUUCGAUUCGCCAGUCUUCUAUAGACAUUAAACCUUUCAACUUCCUACUGGCAUCAGUUUGAAUUUUUGAUUUCAGAGUCAUCAGAUAGCCACUUUCAAGUGGCUCCUUGAUGCUCCACAAACCUAUUUUUCAAGCACAUGGUGCGUUUCAAAGAAUUCAUCAAAGAUCAACAAAACAACCAGUUGUUGUACUCAUUUAAAGAUACCUAAUCAGUAAACGGAUGUUACUAAACAGCGUUGUUGCUAAGUACGGAAUUAAUUCUAAUCAAGUCUAAGCUUUACAUAGAUGGACAAGAUUUGAGUGGCGCUCAAGGUGUGAAAAGUUGAAGAAACAGAACACACAAAUGUGGAACGUCGCAUCAUAAAUUGAAACUUUAACAAAAUUAAAUAAUUUAACCGCAAUCUUCGUCGCUGUAUAACCUAGUGGAAUGCUUGCAGUUGAAGCCUCCAGUUAGGCUAUUAUGCCUUAUCUUACUCAUCUCUGUCACUUUGGUCUUACAGCUCACUUGACAUUAGAAACAACCACUUCCUCUAUCAUGUCUUCGACUCUCAUUGCACAAUAUUCAGCCAGUCCCAACGCUUCUACUUAUCUUAUCGCCAUACUUAACAAUAUCUCACCUUAUCACAUGUAUAUACGAAAAUCGCCUCAGGGGUCAAAGGUAUGUUUACUUAGGACAAUUACCACAAGCAGGCCACAUGCAGAGCUUGAUUGCCACAUCCUUGUCUGGCCCAUUCUUUUCCUUGCAUUCCACUACGGUCAGACGAGUAGUAGCUGAUAACAUGAGUGGUGGUGGGGACGUAGUUGUUUUUUGUACUAUAAUAAUUCCAUGCUCCAUGGCCAUGACUGCAGUACUGUUCAAGCUUUAGUAGCCAAGUACUGACAGUGCCACCACGUUCAGGUAGAGCGGCUAAACCCAGUUGUGUGUGUCUUCGUAGCUUUGUGUUCUUCAUACUCAACAUCUUCAAAGUUUCCAUAUCGGAAAGUGCAUCGAUUGAAACAGUGAAAGUUCGUAUACCACAUAAAUCAGAUACAAUGAAGAU